AGAUAUCCCUCCUUGUUGUGUGGGUUGAUACCUGCGCCGGGGGACUUCUCUCUCUGAGCUCUCCGCCUUCACGAAGGCAUUUCUCGUCCUGUUGCGGAUGAUUCCUUGGGCUGCUGCCAUAGCUGCCCCCUCCCUCCCCUACCUCCCUGUGCGGGUUUUGCUUGCCAUUCCACUGUUGUCGACGAUUUCGUCUGGCUCCGGCUGCCGAUCCUCACCGCCUCACGACAUCCUUCUGCUGCACCUUCUAGUGAGUCAUUCCAUCUCUUUCUCUCACGGAGGGCGUUCAGGAAAUAAGGCAUCCGAAGAAGAAGAAGCGUUUGUGUGCGAAGGGGAGAAUCCGUGAGAAUUCUGGAGAGGCGGAGGAAGAGACAGGAGUAGUGUGAGGCUUUGUUGUGAGGCGAAUACUCGGGGAUGUUGUGGGAGGUGGGGUACUGUUAGUUUCGGUGGUUUUUACAUCUUGGGUCAUAAUUUUGCGCGUUGGGAACAAUUUUGUGGUAUUUUCGGGGAGAUUGUGAGGAUCGUUUCGUGGUUUGACGUGGGAAAAGGUGUCGGAAGUGUGAGAUUUCCCUGGAAUCCUGAUAGUAGUUGGUGCUGUGGGUUGGGGGAAAGAUACAGUUGGCAACCAUGAGCGGGGACAACAGGUUAGGCUGAUGGAAGUGGUGGGGAGGAACUGAGGGAGGGAGAGUUGGUUUUUCGUCCACUCAGGGCGUGGGUUUGAUUUCGCGGGCUUGCUCGUUGGAGAUCAUCAUCCUCGUCUCACUAAAUGUCUGCAGAAGAAGAUCUGUACCUCAAUCAGACGGAAGCAGAAGCGCUGUAUUUUCCAGAUGCGCUGCUUGACAAUGCCGAUGAGCUUGACUUUGGGUCAUUUGGCGAAGCUAAUGGACAUGAUGAUGGCACGUUUAACAGCAUUACAGGGCCCUGUUUGAACUCAUUUGAAACCCGCGACAUUUUCAAGUCUACAGGUCUGGGUGGAGACUCUUUUGUGGAUGAUAUUGAGGAGAAGUGUGAUUCAGAUUUGAUUAUCCAGCAAGAAGCAGCAGCAAACCGUGCAGGCUAUACUAAUGGAAUCCUGCACAAUUACAAUUGUAACAAGCCGACAUUGGACCUGGAGAACAUGGGCAUGGCAUUUGGUAUCUCUGGGUCUUACCUGCAGGGGAAUGGGGUGACAGGCAUGGGGUCGCCCUCAAGCCCUUUAAUGAGCCAUUUUGGCGUAUUGUCACCGUCCAUGGUGGCAUCGGAGAAGCUCAAUGGAUUGACUAUUGGGCAGAUGGCGCCUUCCUAUUGCCCCGCUUCGUUUGAAACGAAGCCCACGACAAGCAUGGGAUUUCCACCAGCGGUGGCUUACUCGUCUGCACAAUCAAUGUCUAUUAACGCUGGGACGAAGCAGUUCUUGUCGCCUUCAGAAGCGUCGCCUAUCCCGCAGGCGGUAACAUCGCAGCCAGCAGCAAAUGGGCUGUCUAGGUUUGGAAGUCAGGACAUGCUUUUAUCAGCCGCAGAGAGCAAUGGUUACCACAGCACAUCACCUGUAUUAUCCCCAAAUUCAUCUGAGGGGAAAGAGCAGGUUGAGCAACUUGUUGGAGGUGAAAAUGGGAUGAAAAUGUCCCAAGAGAAACAAUAUUACAGCCUGAAUCAGCAAGGUGUAAUGCAGCAAGGCAGAGGGGUUGACACUACCAGCUUCGUUGAUGAUCAGGUGGAUGGAGACGGGGAUGGAUUGCAGCCUCUGCCGCAAAUGACUCGAUCGAGCAUGCAGCGAAGUUUUAGUAGCCAUGCAUUGGGCCAGCUCCGACACAUGAAUUCUGCCCCACCUCAGUCAGGAAGCGCGAUGAAUUCCCGUCACACUCAGGUGGAACGUUCUGUAGAAUUGACAAGUCCAGGGGCGCAGUUGCAGCCUAGCGUCGCUGAAUCUCAGAGUUUUGGGAUGCGCCCCAUGAUGCGUCGUGUCUACAGUGCUGGGGAUAUUCAGACUUUGAACAGAAUGCAAGGUGGAAUGAGCGGAAGUGCAUCUCCGAGUUUUGAGGAUGGCAAUUACAGGGUGGGAAAGUAUAGUUUGGAGGAGCGCAAAUUGAGGAUACAUAGAUAUCAGCAGAAGCGCAGCCAGCGUAAUUUCAACAAGAAAAUAAAGUACGCCUGCCGGAAAACUUUGGCAGAUAGCCGCCCACGAGUUCGAGGACGUUUUGCAAAGAACAUGGAUGAUGAUCUACCGACCGCUGCCUUUGGGCGUAAGCGCGAAGACGAUGACGACGAUGAGGGUGAUACUCAUGGCGGUAGAGAGGCCAAUGGAUACUUCUUCGACAAUUCUUCAGGAGAAUAUUCUGAUAUGCUCUCAUCUGUCAAAGUUGAGCAGCGCACGGUCGACAGUAUGUAAAUUUGAACCUACAGGAUUGUUGCUGUUUUGAGUUGAGUUGAAUGUGUGCUCUGGUUAAUCAACAUCCUUCUCCAGCUUCAAUGCUGUUCAGUUUUUUUUAGUAUAUAUUUAACCUUCCAAGCGCAUGGGUUCGUCGCGUGGAGGAGAGGCUGGCACAUUCUGAGUACCUAUACACCGCCUAGUGGUUCCAUGCUUUAAGAGGUGAAGUUAUAUUGUAGAACAAGGGUGAGAUGUUGUUUUAAUCGAUCUUUCUCUUACCUCUAGUUCCACCAAUCCUAGCUCUGAAAGAGUGGGAAGGCAAGGUGAAUAUUGUGCAGUGGUAUUGCUGAUUAUGAACUAGUGAAUCGUUUAGCAUUGGAGUUCAGUUAGAUGAGAAGGAGAGGUACAGGUGGUGCAGCAGUUUGAAGCUGUAGGCAGUCCCCACCAAUCAGGAAUCGAGACAAUCGUUUAGCUCAUGCUGUAAUUAUUAAAUGUGGCUCAAAAGCAGCCCCAUUUGUAAAAUGUCGGAAUGUUUUGUUAGGGAAGUGUUCCGUUUGUAUGAAGUAGUUGAGCUUUGUCUUUU